AGCUCAAAUCUCCUCCCCGGAUGCCGCAGAAUCCCUAAAACACAGUCAUUGCCACACACUCAUUUUUUCGGGUUGUUCAUGGUGCGGAUCUGUGAGAGGAGGAUGAAGUUUUUGUUGGCUGUCACAUUGAUCGUUGGCUCGGUGAUUUUCCUGCUUUUCCCGAGCGGAUCGGAGGCGGAUGAAAAGAAAAAGGGACCCAAAGUCACGGCCAAGGUGUACUUUGACAUCAGGAUCGGCGAUGAGGAUGUAGGACGGAUUGUCAUUGGACUCUUUGGAAAAACUGUCCCUAAAACGACAGAAAAUUUCCUCCAGCUGGCCACUGGCGAGAAAGGAUUUGGUUACAAGAGCAGCAAGUUCCACCGUGUGAUUAAAGACUUCAUGAUCCAGGGAGGAGAUUUCACUAGAGGAGACGGAACCGGAGGUAAAAGCAUCUAUGGAGACCGUUUCCCUGAUGAGAACUUCAAGCUGAAGCAUUAUGGUCCUGGUUGGCUCAGCAUGGCCAAUGCCGGCAAAGACACCAACGGCUCCCAGUUCUUCAUCACCACUGUCCAAACGCCAUGGCUGGACGGCAAACAUGUUGUGUUCGGCAAAAUCCUAGAAGGCAUGGAUGUGGUGAAAAAGAUUGAGAGCACACAGACAGAUGGGCGAGAUAAGCCCCUCAAGGACGUCAUUAUCCACGACUCUGGCAAGAUCGAGGUGGAAAAGCCUUUUGCAGUGGCUAAAGAGUAAUUUAAGUGUGGGGGAACAACAGGACUCUGGGUUUAGGGGAUUGGAUUUGGUGCCACUGGAGUUCUAGUGGAAAGAGAGUGUGUGUGUGUGUGUGCUCAUUGUAGCUCCGCCCCCUUGCGGGUCCGACACACACCAGUCCUGAUCCACAGAGAGGCACAUCCUGGGUCCAGUUCAAACCGGCAUUCCACACGGUCAGAUUCCUGACCCACUUCAACCUGCUUUUGUAAACUAAUCUUCAAUAAAGGAUCCAGGUUUUCUUAA